UGCAAAUUGAAUUGUUGAGCUUCCGACACCGCAGUCACUUUUUAUUCCCUGCGAUUUUUCUCCCCUCACUCCACGGUUCACAUUUUGUAUCUGCGACAAUUAGACCCUGCAACUUGUUCCAAGAGAUGGGUACAGGCCUCUUGGUUUCCGUCGAUCCAGAGGACAUUCUCAAGGAGGAUUCCAACGGCCUUACUCUUGAUCAGGUAGCCUACCUUGGGCACUGUCUGGUCGAAGUCACUCCAGAGACAUUCGAAUCCGAUCUUGCGUUUCUGCGGCGGAAUUUCCCCCAACUCGACAUAUACCUCGAUGUUCGGAAGUUGAAGAGUUGGGACAAUGUCAUUGACGUCCUGAACAAUGGGGCAUCCAAAAUAUUCGUCACUUUUGAGCAGCUGAAAGCUCUGUCGCAAGAGCCUACCAUUUCCGCGGAUCGCUUGGUGUUGACUAUCUCCCUUGUCAAUCCGAAAACGGAUAUUACGAAACUCAAGGCCUUUCUCGAUGACAACCCGCAGUGGAAGACGGCGGAAUGGGCAUUCGAUGGUGAUAAAGGAAACGAGUAUGUCGAUACCGUGCUGAAAGAGCUGGAUAAUUAUCCUCCGAGUCAUGAUCAGACAAUAUUCGUCUCAGUCGCGAGCGAGACUGAUGGAAGGAAUCUGUUGCACGAAUACCCUGGAAAUGCUCUGAUUGUCUCCUCUAAAAAAUUGACCUUCGACCCCUCGAAGGAGAAAAACAAGGGUUUGAUCUCUGCCGUGGAAUUGAUCGUCGCUGGGGCCACCGCGGAUCGAAAAACUGGCCUCUACGCGACUACGGUAGUUGAUGAGCGCGGCGUUGCGCUGGGCUUGGUUUGGAGCAGCAAAGAAAGCAUUGCCGAAGCACUCAAGACCGGAACAGGAGUUUACCAAAGUCGAAAAAGAGGCCUUUGGCACAAGGGUGCCUCGAGCGGAGACAUUCAGGAACUCAUCAGUAUCGGCUUCGAUUGUGACAAGGACUGCCUGAUUUUCAGGGUUCACCAGAAGGGCCAGGGAUUCUGCCAUCUGAGAACAAUGUCAUGCUGGGGCAAGGUUUCUGGACUCUCCAGGCUACAGCGUACAUUGCAACAACGCAAGGUUGAAGCACCUGAAGGUUCCUACACUGCUCGACUGUUCAACGACCCCAAGCUUGUCAAUGCAAAAAUCAAAGAAGAGGCAGAUGAGCUUUGCGCAGCUACUUCAAAGGAAGAGAUUGCGUCAGAGGCCGCUGAUCUACUCUUCUUCGCUCUCGCCCGAUGCAUUGCCGCGGACGUCACUCUGGAAGACAUCGAGAAGAACCUCGACCUGAAGAGUCUGAAAGUGAAGAGACGAAAGGGCGAUGCCAAACCCCAGUACGUCGAGGAGACGCCUGUCGCUGAAAAGUCACCACCCGAGACCAACGGCGUCCAUGGCCACAAAGAUGAAGAAGUCAAGGAGGCCGCAUCUGUUCCAAAAGACCCCUCAGAUCCUGCUGGUAAGACAGAAUCUGGUCGGAUACAACUGAAACGAUUUUCUACGUCGCAAACUUUCUCGGACGACAUCUUGAAAGCCGCUCUACAACGACCUUCGCAAAAGUCCAACGAGAAAAUCAUGUCUCUGGUCCAUCCUAUUAUUGCUGAUGUUCGUGCCAACGGCGACUCUGCUGUUCUAAAAUAUACCCAUAAAUUUGAGAAAGCUACUGGACUGAAAUCCCCUGUACUAAAAGCACCCUUCCCUAAGUCGCUUAUGCAACUUCCCGAAGACACCAUCAAAGCGAUCAACACUUCAUACGACAAUAUCCUCAAAUUCCAUGCUGCCCAGAAACCGUCAGCACCACUGGUCGUGGAGACAAUGCCCGGCGUGACCUGCUCCCGGUUUUCGAGACCAAUUGAGAAAGUUGGUUUAUAUAUUCCUGGCGGCACGGCGGUAUUGCCCUCAACGGCUCUUAUGCUCGGUGUCCCGGCCAUGGCCGCAGGAUGUAAGAACAUCGUCCUCGCAUCACCACCGAGAUCUGACGGCACCGUCACUCCGGAAAUCGUGUACAUUGCGCACAAAGUCGGGGCUGAAGCCAUCGUUCUAGCGGGCGGUGCUCAGGCUGUCGCCGCCAUGGCCUAUGGCACAGAAUCUGUCACCAAGGUCGAUAAAAUCCUUGGGCCUGGCAAUCAGUUUGUCACGGCCGCGAAGAUGAUCGUCAGCAACGAUACAUCCGCCGCGGUCUCAAUUGAUAUGCCAGCUGGUCCGUCUGAAGUGCUGGUUAUUGCGGACAAAACUGCCGAUCCCGCUUUUGUUGCCAGUGACUUACUCAGCCAAGCCGAGCAUGGCACAGACAGCCAAGUGGUCCUGAUCGCCAUUGAUCUAAGCGAAGAUCAGCUCCAAGCAAUUGAAGAUGAAGUGCACAAGCAGGCGCACGAACUUCCGAGGGUGGAUAUUGUUCGGGGGGCAAUCGAACACAGUGUGACUAUCUCAGUGGGCACCCUCAAAGAAGCAUUGAAGUGGUCGAAUUACUAUGCACCUGAACAUCUAAUUCUGCAAAUUGCUAACCCUCGCGCCGCGUUACCCGAUGUUCAGAAUGCAGGUUCCGUGUUCAUCGGAGGGUGGACGCCCGAGUCUGUGGGUGAUUACUCCGCAGGCGUGAACCACAGCUUGCCGACCUACGGCUAUGCGAAGCAAUACAGCGGGGUCAACCUCGGCAGUUUCAUGAAGAAUAUCACUAGCAGCGAAGUUACGGAGCAGGGUGUUGGCGAAGUAGGGUACGCAGUCAUGGAGCUUGCAAGAUGUGAAGGCCUUGAUGCCCAUCGACGAGCCAUGGAACUACGCUUGGAGAAGCUUGGCCUGGUAAAGAAGAACGGCUUACAGACAAAAAACGGUCCCGUGGAGAGUCAGACACCUGAGCCAAAAGUCAAGGUCCAUGACGCAUCACCAGAGGAGAGUCUCAAGUCAGCUGUUGUCAAUGACCAAGAAGAUCAGGAUGGUGUGCCUACAGGCCAAGAAGCCGACACGCAGCCAGAGGUCAAAGCCUGAAAGCGAUGAGGCCGUGUUCGUUAUAUUGUGUCGGUUAAUCUUACGAAGGGAUUAUUCUAUAGAUCUGGAUACCAUCGAAUGGCUUAGACUGCGCAACGAGGUUACUCACUGGAAGAUCAAUAAUACAAAGUUGGUCCGCCGAGGCUGACCAAUCAUUGCCGAGCUUAAGA